AUGACACCGAAAUCUCCUGUAGACGAAUACGCCAUGGGGAGUGACGAGGAAGAGGAGAUGGCCAACCUCGCUCCCGGCAUCGCUGAUAUUUGCACAGAAGCGCCCCCACUGAGCGUAGCCCUGGACAUGGAUGAGGAAUCAGACUACGAUGCAUUAUUUGACCAUACGCAUCAAUAUGCGUCAUUAAAAACGGACAGCACCAUUCAUAGCCAGCAUAAGCACAUUGACCUUCUCGACGAGGAUAUUGACUGGACCGACGUAUCACGGGUCACAGAGUGCGAGGCUCCGGAUGGAAGCGUGCCAUCUGCAUCGUAA